AUGAGAGAAGAAGAGGAACGUGGGUGGGGUCUUUUUGAAAAGGAGACGGCAGAAAUUAGAGAAACAGAGCGCUUAAGCUACCGUCGUGCCACUGUCUCUCAUCACCCUUCUCUUACAUGCAACACUUCUUUUACUAUCUCACGGGCCCAUGACCCGACUUACACCACUUAUAACAAAGCAGACACAAUUUAUGGAUCAUAUAUUAUAUCAUUCAAUGACAAAUUCUUAUAGAUAAAUAUCAUUUAUCGUAUACUAUAUGAUAAGAAGAUGCAAGUGUGCAUUAAUCCAUUAAGAAGGUUAAGAGUGUGGGCAUGUGAGUGUGGAGAGUCUUCUGCUUAUUUCCGGUUGCGGCUAACGUCCCACUUGACUCUGUCAAUUGACGUCAACUUCUCAGGCACUGACGGAGGAAAACCUGUCUUCCAUCCAUAUUUAACGGCGGCUUAAACGGCUCUCGUGUCAUGUGGCCUUCCCAUGAACAUCCAAAAUCAGGUUCGUCAUCAUGUCCAAUUUUUUUGAACCACGUGCCAACACACAAGGAGCCGAUACAGUCUUCUUAACAAAAUCCAAGACUGAAAGAAAGUUCAGAAAACUAAUCAUAUGACAAAUUAAUGAUCCUCCAUUUUUUUUGGUUGCUCUUUUAUUAAUGAGCUACUAGUUUUCCAAGAAACCAAAAAG